CAAUGAGCAGGCGUGUUGGGGAGGAGCGCACAAACCCUAGUGGGUUUGGUUGCACGGCGGCUUUGGCGCAUUUUCGGCUGGUUUGAUUCAUCCAUUUUGAAGAGACGGGGGAGCGGGGGGCUCGUCUGUUCCAGGAGCCCUGAACCAAAAAGCAGCGGAGUUUGAGGAGCUAGCAGCUCGGGGUUCGGCAGCAGCGGUCCCAUCGGCUGAAGUUCGGGGGGGGGGGGGCGCCGGGGGGGGGGGGGGGGGGGGGGUCCUGGUCUUUGGCUUCUCGACUCGGUCCUGUUUCGACAGCGAACAUGUCGCGGCCUGUCAGAAAUAGGAAGGUUGUUGAUUACUCACAAUUUCAGGAAUCUGAUGAUGCAGAUGAAGAUUAUGGAAGAGAUUCGGGCCCUCCCACUAAGAAAAUUCGAUCAUCUCCCCGAGAAGCUAAAAAUAAGAGGCGAUCUGGAAAGAAUUCACAGGAAGAUAGUGAGGACUCAGAAGACAAAGAUGUGAAGACCAAGAAGGAUGAUUCUCACUCAGCAGAGGAUAGUGAAGAUGAAAAAGAAGAUCAUAAAAACGUGCGCCAGCAACGGCAGGCAGCGUCUAAAGCAGCUUCUAAACAGAGGGAGAUGCUCAUGGAAGAUGUGGGCAGUGAGGAAGAACAAGAAGAGGAGGAUGAGGCACCGUUCCAAGAGAAAGAUUCCGGCAGCGAUGAAGAUUUCCUAAUGGAAGAUGAUGAUGAUAGUGACUAUGGCAGUUCAAAAAAGAAAAACAAAAAGAUGGUUAAGAAGUCCAAACCUGAAAGAAAAGAAAAGAAAAUGCCCAAACCCAGGCUAAAGGCUACAGUGACGCCAAGUCCAGUGAAAGGCAAAGGGAAAGUGGGUCGCCCCACAGCUUCAAAGGCAUCAAAGGAAAAGACUCCUUCUCCCAAAGAAGAAGAUGAGGAACCAGAAAGCCCGCCAGAAAAGAAAACAUCUACAAGCCCCCCACCCGAGAAAUCUGGGGAUGAAGGGUCUGAAGAUGAAGCCCCGUCUGGGGAGGAUUAGAAGUGAUGAUGGUCUGGGGAGAGAUUUUAUUAAAAAAAAGAAAAAAAAAAAAAAGAAAAAAGAGGGAGGAAAAAAAAAAACCUACUUAAGAUAGAACAUGGUUUUGGCUAUGGCUUGACUCAUGGGCUUUCAGUGCUUUUUUCCAUUUGUUGAAAGUAACAUUUCUCUCUCUCUUUUUUUUUUUUUUUUUUAAAGCAAACCAUUGUAUGUUUAAGUGUUCAAGUCACCUUUUUGUCUGUUGGUCUCUUUGCCAGUCCUCCCCUUUCCCAAUGAAAGCCAUGUCAAAUUAAUCACUGGAUUGACUGCUUCAUCUUUUUGUUUUUAAUGAAAGGUGUACCACAGUUGUAAAGCAAUAAGAUUUGAGAUGAACAUUAUUGAAACUUUGCUUUUUGCUAAAAAAUAGCAAGUUGAAUAGUAAUCAAAAAACAUAGAUUUUAGUUCAAAAUGAUUGCUCCUUUCUCUACCUGGACUUUUAAAAAAUCAAUUGUCAUCUAAUAGAGUUUAUUUGUCUAUAGACACAAGUAUCAAUAUCUAAAAAAAAUCAUGACCUUAAACUUCCACUGAUGAGGCAGGUAGGAGAUAAAGAUGAAUUCUGAACUGUUACUAAAAGUACUCAUUUUUUUACCUUGUGGGGAGGGUGGGCAAUGGGAUUACCUGACUUUAUUUGAGGGUGUGGGCUUUCUUUUUUAUUUCAUCACUUGUUAUCUCAAAGAGACUCGGAGCCAGUGAUCCUUUUAUCCUGCUACAGUCUUUAGGGAGCUAAAUAAAUAAAUAAGCAAGGGCCGCCAAAACUGAAAUCACUCUUGAUUUCAUAUUUCCUUCUCUAAAUAUAUAUGUAUCCUGUUUUUUGGAUAAAAUUUUACCAAGAAUCAAAAAAAAAAAAAAUUACUCUAGAAUUUAAUCGACAAGAUCAUUCUACACGUCACAGUGGAUUUCUUUUCAAACUGACAAUGGGUUUUAAGCAAAUAAAGUUCCAGUUAAUGUGAAACUCAGUCACAAAGAGUUGAGAUUUUUCCUUUAUGAGAUAGAAUUGACAUUCUUUUAUGCUAUAAAUGUGCAUUCAGGUCCCAUUAACCAUGUUCUGCUUUUAUUUGGGGCUAGAACAUUUUCUUUUUCAUAUCCCGAUCUUCCCAUUUCUUCAUAGAAAUGUGAUAAGAAGUACAUCCUUGUGAUCCUGCUGCUUCGUAGGGCACCGCUGCACACUCUGCCCUGAGUGCCGAACACCUUUGCUAUAGGACACUAUUUUCCUGGCCCUAUUCUUCACUUAUUUCCCAUCCUGUCCUUGACUAGGAAUAUGUUAAAUGCUGCUCCCAUACAAUUCAAGUUAGCUCUUGUCUUUUUAGUUGGUCCAACCCCUGCUUUACUGCUUAUGCUGCUUAAAGCAGGAGGGACUAGAGAAACCAGGCAUUUUAGCAGGCCUGUGUGCAGUUGAUAACAGACUUUUUGCAUGCCUUAUAAAAGCAGUCAGGAGAUAGAUCCAUAGGUUUGAUCCUUCACAUCUGAUACCAGGCGCUAAUGGGAACAAGGUUUAAAGGGUCCUGGUAUGCUAAUAAAUUGAAAAAUUAGUGAAAUUUAACUUCUGCCUUUUUUUUUCCUGCCUUUUAAUCUAGAUUUGCUUCCUCAGUAUCCUACUUUGUGGUUUACUAGGAACAUGCUUACUCUGAUUUUUUUUAAAAAACACACAGUGGCAGAGUCAUUUCACUAUUGCACUGUGUGUUAAAGAAUGAAUAAGGAGUUUUCAGUACAUGGCCAAAAAUACAGGACUUGAACAUAAAUAGCAGUUGGAUCAUUCUCUUUCAUGAUGGUUAAAUUCAGAGUUGUGAACUUUGUAAUGAGGGUGUUAAAGAUUAAUCUAUUUGCCUAAAUGGGUUUGUUCAGGUAUCCAUUUUUAACAAAGAGGUUUGUGUUCAUAUAGUAAAAGACCGAUCAGUGUUUCCACCAUGCACUUCUAUUUUUUAGGAGUUUAUAAUUUUAAGUCUUACAUUCCUAGUAACAUGUGGGCUUUUCUUAGGUUAUGUUUCGUGAAGAUUCGGGGGGAGGGCGCUUUUAAAACUUCAGCCUCAGUUGUUUGUGUAACAGUCUGUUUAAUAUAUUAAUCUGCACUAACAUCUCUGUGAUAUACGCACAUAUUUUAGAGGUAAUCAUGUCUUCUAGGUUACUUGUGUGCAUUUGAUUGGGCUUCUUGUUUAGAGUCCCUUUUAAAAUUAAUUCAUUAGAUUGAAAAAUGUACUCUAUAUUUCUGAUAGACUGGACAGAAGGAUCUGUGUCCCCAAGUGAGACAGGCUCUGAUAACCUUUGUUUUCUCCACUUUUUAUUGAUGAUUUAAAACACUUUAAAAGUCUUCCCCUCAAAUCAUGCAUGCAAAUAGGAGGACAGUGGUGGUGACUCAACUGGAUACAGGUGCUCAAUAGUCAGGCUUGAUAGUGAUGUCAGAAUGCAUUACAAGCUGUAAGCCGAUACUGACUGGCCAUUGGCACCACCCUUGACUAACCUUCCUCUUUUUCUCUAGUGUGCCUAUGGUGAAAUGGCAAUAGCAUUCACUGUCGUAUUUUGCAGUGCUCAGGAAGUGGGACGUUAACUUUGAAGGUGCUUGUUUGUAUUAGCUCUGCUAGGUUUACCUCUACAACGUAGAUUUCGGCAGCUAUGCUGACUGACACUACAUUCUAGUUCUUAAGAUUUUUUUUCCAGAUCCCCCCUUCCCCAGCUAGACAUACGUAGCAUACUUACACCUUAUUCAAUCUAUCUGUAACCUGCUGCUGCUUUUAGUCCUCCUCACCUCAGAUCGGAAUCAAUGGAGUGGGCCCAGAGGAUACAUUUUAAUUCCAGUAAUGGUAGGUAGAUUUGUCUUGCUUUCUAAAACAUCUCCCCAUUUCAUAUUUCCACUCCAUAUUGAUUCCAUAAGGGAAAAUUAAAGGGUGUUUCCUCCUGUAGGGAGGUAAUGUAAUGAGUGUGGACAUCUUUUAAUCUUGAGGAAUAGUAGUUGAUUUCCCUUGAAGGAGCUUACAUACUGACUGUUUCCACAAUAACCUGUUUGCCCCAGUUCAAUCCUCAGUUUAAUACUUAAUUUGGUACUGGCUCAAAUAGCAUUUUCUUAUAGAUAACAAAUCAAGAGUGAAAUUUGAGGUUAUACACCAGUAAAGUUUUUAACACUUGUGAAUAUGGUCAGCUAGACUAAACUUGAUUUUUUUUUUUUUAAUGAUUUUUUUAUCUGUGAACAUUCAGAUAAGUGGAUUUUCAAGUACUGGUUGGGGAAGGGAAUCGUGCUUUUCUUUAAUUACUUUUACGAGAUGCUUUGAGUGUAAGGCGAAAGCAGAAAUAAAUAUCAGGAGCAACGGGGAAAGCUUUAUAAAAGAUCAUGGUGGCCAUUGUUGCAGCUUUGUAGAAUGAGUGCUGGUUUGAACAGAUCUUUGCCUGCAUCAUUGGUAGCUGCACUGAAAAGAAAAAACUUUCACCUUAAGAAUUUGAAAGGGAAGAAACCUGGGCUCUGGUCUUCAUGGCAUUUAGACUGAGAUACUUAAACAGAACAGAAGUAAUAUGCAUUUCCUGCCACAGGAUAGGGAAAAUGUAACAAGCUGGUUGCUCUUGAGGUUAGAAAAUUGUCUGUUUCUCUGUGGAUGAAGCUGGAUAUUUACUUGAAAAUGGAGAGUUGGUUUAUUGUUUGAAUAUUGGGACAUCAAGCUAUAGCCAAGUUUCAGUUGCAACCAGUUUUCCCUUUGUCUGGGAUAAAUUCGAUACAAAUUAUUCUUUUUGAAUCCUGAAUCCGUAAAUUAUACUUUUUUUUUUUUUUUUUUUUUUUCAAAUUCAUAGAAUUCACAGUGGUGCUGACUGUGUAAUAACCACUAUUGGGAAAAAUCCCGUAAACCUGCCUGUUGCCAUGCCAAUGGAGUGACUGAACUGGUGACAUCUGUUUGAGCAUGCUUUGUGUGGCUGGUAGAAUGCCACCGUUGUGCAUACACUUUGUACAUCAGGGGUGAAGGGAGGGUUUUCUAGAUUACUGGGGGAGGGUAAAAUUGGGAUUUUUUGUUGUUCCUUUUUUGAUGGGGUGUGGGGGUAUAGUACUCAGCUUAUGCCCUAAAAUAACAUGUAUAAAAACCCCUGAAGUAUUGUGUGGGUGUGUGUGUGUGAGUGUGUGUUUGUAUACGUCUGGCAAUUAAAGCUUUGUCUUCUGGAACUUAGUGAAUUCUUUUCUCUUUUUCCUCCAGAAGUAUUUGUUACAAGAUUUGUAAAUAAGAGCUCUACUUAGUUUGUUUACCAUGAACAUGUUGCAGCAAACCUUAUGCAUCUAAUUCCUACAAGGUUAAAGAAAGACUUUUAGACUUGCCAGGUUAAGCAACAGCCAAGUUCUCAGUAAUUGUUUGCCUUGAUUUAUCUUUUAGACUUCAUUUUGCCAGCUCUAAAACUCCCAGUUGCUUGAUUUUAGUCCUUAAUCUUUUAUGUUCUGAGCAGGAAGGGUAAAAGACAGGAACCUGCUUUACUGUAUUAACUAGUCCAUGGGCUAAGACCGGGGCAUCUCUUUUCUUCAUACUGCAGUGUUGCUGGAUACAUGAUCAGACACCAGAGGGUUGGGCGUUCUUGCAAUACCUUAACAGUGCUGAAAUCUGCAGCAUGGUACUAAGGAAGUUAAAGUUUGAAUGUAACCACUUUAUUUAAAGGGUUUUUUUCUUUAAUUUAAAUGAAAUGAGGUUGAAGUGAACAUGAUUUUGUUGACCAUGUUCGUGAAUUAUAGAUGCAACAUGCAUUGGUAGAAUCGUGUGAUGGUCUUUUGUGAUCCUUAAUUUUUACAUAUCCCAGUCUCUGUAUGUAUCUGCAUAGACAAAGAAAAAACAAACUCCUGCUUUGCUUUUAUUGAAGGGUUUCCAGGACUGCGUGUCUGCUCCUGAGCUCUGUUUUAAGUAUGUGUAUCCUUUGCUUGUAUUUUGUAUUAAAAAAAUAAGAAAAAGAACCCUUUAUUGUUGAGCAUGUUGGCAUAGUCCCCUUUAUUUUUUUCUCUUUUUGGGACAUAUGAAGCAAGUUAUUCUUUUUCUGUAUCUUUUUUCUUUUGUAAACUUUUUUUUUGUUUUGUUUAAAAAUGGCUUUAUAAAAGGGCUUUUAUAACCCA